UAAGCACCACCAACCAGGAUAUAAAUUCCCUACUUAUACUUCCGCGGCACUGGACAAUUAAUCUAUGACCUCUAUAAUACCAUCACCUUCAAAGAUGACAGAUAAUUACAGCAACCUCCAGUUCCGCAUCGCGACACCAGACGACGCCCCGCAGCUUCAGCAGCUGGUGCAAUCUGCAUUUUGCGCCCAUGACACCAGACCAGAUUGGACGGGACAUCUGGAGCUGGCGUCGAACUUUCGCAUUGAAGUGGAUGAAAUCAUGACCAACAUUACCGAUCCGGACAUGGUCAUCCUAAUUGCUUUUACUCCUUUGAAUGAGAAUGGAAAUUCCGGUAAUAAUAACGACAAGGACAUCGUGGCCUCCAUCUCGGUUUCCAAACGCGGAACAGAUGUCGGUCGUCUCUCCAUGUUUGCGGUAAACGAACGGUACCAACGCGGUGGUGUUGGGCGCCAGGUCCUCGCUUACGCUGAAGACUAUUGCCAUCGGACUUGGGGCGUGGAGAAAUUUUCUCUCAAUACUCUUUCCACGCGUAAAGCACUUAUCGAGUGGUACAUGCGGCGUGGAUACCGGAAGACAGGUGAAACGUCGCCGUUUCCGCGCGAAAGAUUCAAGGAUCUGGAGUUGCCGGAUGAUAUGUGUUUUGUUGAGUUCGAGAAGGAUCUCAGAUAAGGGUACUUAUGGAAUCGUGUGUGAGCUGUGAUUCUCUGUGAAGAACGGGUGCUACGUAAUGACAGCAGCCACAGCUCAGUGCACAUUAUGGGAGUGCAUGUGCACUUACAUAUUAUGGAUCUAGGAUUGGACUGAAAUAUUGGGACAUGAAAGACAUCUGGGAAGGUCUGUGCCCUCUGAGGAGUAGAUACAAUGUUAGAAGUAGAAGUUUUCUUUUUGGAAAUAACGUUUACAACCAACUAGACUUUGUUAAUUCUUGAGCAGAUAGUCAGGAAGGAGUCGGUGCUAAUAUAUUCUGGCCUACUAUAUCCGGCU